CGCUGCAUUGUGUUCCUAUGGUGUACAGCUGAGCUAAUUUUGUGACAGAAAGCUAAAAACAAAAGCGUUUAACCCACCAGGCUGCCCGGUCUCCUGCUCUGAACAUCUCCCGGAGGAUCAGGCUCGGACCCCAGCCCAGAACCGGACCAUGGUUGGCGUUAAAGUGAUCGGCAGCGACCCGGACUUCCAGCCGGAGUUAGCGGCCGCCGGCUCCAGGCUAGCCGUGGUGAAGUUCACAAUGGCUGGCUGUCGGCCGUGCAUCAGAAUAUCUCCGGCUUUUAACAUGUUCAGCAACAAAUACCCACAUGUGGUUUUCCUGGAGGUCGACGUUCAUGUCUGUCAGGGGACGGCAGGAGCCAACAACAUCUCAGCGACGCCCACCUUCCUGUUCUUCAGGAACCGGGUCCGGGUGGACCAGUACCAGGGGGCGGACGCGGCGGGCCUGGAGGAGAAGAUCAAACAGCACACAGAGAACGACCCGGGAAACAACGAGGACUCGGACAUUCCCAAGGGAUACAUGGACCUCAUGCCCUUCGUCAACAAAGCCGGCUGCGAGUGUCUCAACGAGAGCGACGACUGCGGCUUCGACAACUGCUUAAUCAAAGACUCGUCCUGCCUGGAGUCCGACUGCGACGAGCAGCUGCUGAUAACGAUCGCCUUCAACCAGCCGGUGAAGCUUUUCUCCAUGAAGCUGCAGUGUUCAGAUUUAGCCCGCGCCCCGAAGGUCCUGAAGGUCUUCAUCAACCUUCCUCGGUCGAUGGACUUCGACGACGCUGAGCGGAGUAACGCUGCUCAGACCCUGGAGCUGUCAGAGGAAGACUACAAAGACGACGGGCUGAUCCCGCUGCGCUACGUCAAGUUUCAGAACGUCCAGAGUGUCACGCUGUUUGUCAAGUCAAACCAAGGAAAUGAGGAAACGACAAAGAUCAACUACCUGACGUUCAUCGGCACUCCGGUGCAGGCCACCAACAUGAACGACUUCAAACGGGUUGUCGGGAAGAAAGGAGAGAGUCACUGAGGAAGGAAGAGGAGGAUGUGGAGGAGAGGCUGCAGAAACAGUCGAGGGGUUUUUCCUUCUGCCAAAGGAGAAGAAGAAGAAGAAGAACAGACCUCCAGCGUCCCUCCUGCUGCUCUCACUGGGCGCUCCGUCUGUCAGUCGUUUAUAUUGUAAUUCUGUUGAAAUUGCUGUAAAUAAAACACAAUCUGUUUUCAAAGGCA